AGUUGCCUCUCAACGUGUCAACACUCAACAUGGUCCGCGCACUCUUCACCGUCAUGGUCAUGGCCCUCGUGGUCGCCUUCGCCGCCGCCGGUCACUUCGGCGGAGGUGGAUUUGGCGGUGGAAAAUUCGGUGGAUUCAGCGGUGGAGGAUUCGGUGGAUUUGGAGGUGGACACAGAGGCUUCGGCGGAGGUUUCGGAGGUGGACACGGAGGGUUCGGAGGUGGACACGGAGGGUUCGGAGGCGGAUUUGGAGGCUUCGGAGGUGGAUUUGGAGGAUAUGGCAGGUAAUCAAGUAUCCGUGCUACAUUUCUUUUUUGUAUUUCGAUAAUAAACUCGCUAUA